UCCAAGAGUCUCUCCAAAAGCAAUAAUGAGUAUGACACAAAUUCUGUCUUUGAACAAAAAGUACCAAAAGAGCCACAGUCAUAAACCCAAAUACAAAUUGAUGCCCUUAAAAUUUCUUCCACCUAGAAAUGAAAAAUGCAAAACUGCUAUUAAUACUUGAAAAAGCUAACAAUGCGAAACUUAGUAAAUUAUGAUAAUUCGCCUUGCUUGUCUAAUACUCUAAUGUAAUAAAAUUUAGUUUUCCUAGCCUCCAAAUGAACCUCCUCUAUUAGCCCGUCAAUCUCCUGCAAAAGUUAACAUCAAACAUGAAACAAAGUACUUAGACAAUCUUCAAAAAAAAAAAAAAAAAAGAACUGAUAAGAUGCAGGGCCAAAUAGCAAACAAAGUUAAGGGAACAAAACAAACCACACAUAAACUUCAAAUGACAAAUUUUCAAUAACUAUUAGCUUAAACUCACAAAGCAAAUGGAAUUAAGGACAUAUUUGGAAACAAACAGAUUAUGAAAUACAAAAAUAACACUACUUAGCUCUAAGAACUGGAAUAAAUUUGCUUUGUAGCU